AUGCCGGAUCACCGUGUCGGCAACGUGGACCACUUCACGCCCACGACACACAGCUCUGUUCCAGCCUCGCUCGAUCCUCGGCAGGUGAAGCUCCCACCUAGCUUUACAGUCUGUAUCAUUGGAGCUAGUGCUGGCAUUGGUGAGUACAUUGCGUAUGCCUUCGCGCGGGCUGGGGCAAAGAGCAUCAUCAUCGCGUCUCGCACAGUGAGCGACUUGCAAGCUGUCGCGGCACGUAUUCGAGGCAUCAACGCCUCGGUGACGGUCGAUGUCCAGCAGUGCGACGUUGCCUCUGCCGCAAGCGUGGCUGCGCUGGCUGUCGCUGUUACGAAUCUCUAUGGGCGCCUCGAUGCCGUGAUCCCCAACGCAGCCUACGCACCGCCCAUAACCGGCAUGAAAAUGACAGAGAACAGCCCCGAACUAGUGCAGCGUGCAUUCGACGUCAACGCCAUGGGAACCUACCAUGUUGCACACUACUUCGUGCCUCUACUCCUUGAUUCUCAAAAUGGAGCGAAGCUGUUCCUGGCCGUUGGCAGCAUUGCAGGCUGUAUCCGACAGGGCAUCAUCGCAAACACGGGGUAUACAAUCUCGAAAAUGGCACAGAUCCGCAUGGUAGAGUAUUUGGGCGAGCAGUAUGGAAGAGCAGAGGACGGCGGACUGCUUGCCCUUGCGGUCCACCCGGGCGCUGUCGGCACCAAAAUGGCCGAGGGCAACACGCCUGACGCGUUCUUGCGGUACUUGACAGACGGCGUGGACCUGUGUGGUGCGUGGUUGGUGUGGGUAGCAAGCAGCAGGGCCAAAGGAGAGCUGCAGUGGCUGACGGGCAGGCUCGUGAGUGCCAAUUGGGAUGUUGGCGAGCUUCUAGAAAAGAAGGCGCAGAUCGAGAAGGGAGAUCUCUUGAAGUUUGAGUUGCUUACCCGGUAA